AUGACUCACCUACUACGUCAAUUGCAGAAUCUCAAAAAGCUCAUAGCUGCUACCCCUGACGAGACAUCUAGAAAACACUUGGAAGCGCUCUCAGGCAACGCCUUCAAUGUAGAAAUAACAACCAAACGCACCACCGUCCUCGACCAACUAGAAACGUACUCAUCUACCUUCCUACCCUUUGCCGACUAUGUCUCCAUGCUCCCCCAGCUCCGCGUCCGCCAAUACUCAAUCUCUUCCUCCUCACUCGCAAACCCUACGAUCUGCACGUUCACGGUCGGCGUGCUGGACCUGCCCGCAUUGUCCGCGCCUGAAGGUAAUGACAAACGGUUCCUCGGCGUCGCCCCCACCUUCCUCUCCAAUCUUCAGCCUGGCGAUCACGUGCACGUGAACGUGAAACCUUCGCACCCGUCCUUCCAUCUACCGACUGAUUUUGGAAAUGUGUCGGUUAGCAUGGUGGUAGCUGGAACAGGCGUUGCGCCAUUUCGUGGUUUCGUGCAAGAGCGCGCAAGACUGUGGGAGGCGGGACAGGACUUGUCUCCAGCGGUGUUGUUCGUGGGGUGUAGACAUCCAGAACAAGAUGCAUUAUAUGCUGCAGAGUCGAAGGAUUGGGGGGAGAAGGGCGCGGUGAAGGUGAGAUAUGCCUUCUCGCAAUAUGAGAGGAAUGGAGGGGGAGGGUGUCAGUAUGUGCAGGACAGAUUUUGGAAAGAGAAAGGGGAGGUGAAGGACUUGGUUCGUAAGGGGGCGAAGAUCUUUGUGUGUGGGCAUGGACGCGUGGCAGAGGCUGUGAAGCAGAAGUGCUUGGAUUUGUGGUUGGAGACGAGAAAGGAGGAAGGGAGGCAGAGGAGUGGUGGAGAGGGUUGA